AUGGAUUUUAGCAUAGAAGAGCACCCGCAAAAUUUAAUUUUACCAAUCGAGCUAACAAAAAUUAUUUAUUCAGAGUAUGAUGCAGAGCUCACCAUUUUGGAUAAACCUGGACAGGUUUAUGGAAAAGCUCUUCAUGGCUAAGGUAAAAUAAAAUUCAAAAAUGGAAAUACAUAUGAAGGGGAGUUAGAUAACGGUAUGCUGCAUGGAAAAGGAAAAUUUAGAUGGGCUAAUGGAGUUAUUUAUGAAGGUUAAUUUGAAUAUAAUACAAUUAAAGGAGUUGGCACUUACUAAUGGCCAGAUACUUCUACUUACACAGGUUAGGUUUUAAAUGGAUUACGUCAUGGAUAAGGUACAUUUGUUUCGCCUGAAGGAGAAGCAGAGUAUACUGGAUCUUGGGUAGAAGGGCUAAGAAAUGGUAGUGGAACUAUUAAGUUUAAAUCAGGUGCUAUUUUUGAAGGAUAGUUUGUAAAUGGAUGUAAACAUGGUCAUGGAAGAAUGACUUAUCCUUCAGGAAAUUAUUAUGAAGGAGAGUGGAAAUAUGACAAAAAAGAUGGCUAAGGAACAAUGAUAUGGUUGAAUUCUAAAGAAAAGUAUUAUGGAUAGUGGAAAAAUAACUUAUAAAAUGGAUUUGGUGUUCAUAUAUGGCUCGAGUCAAAAGGAGAGGGGAAGUUAAUGAGAAAUAGAUACGAAGGUUAGUGGGUAGAUGGAUAGCGUCAUGGCUAUGGUGUUUUCUAUUAUGCCAAUGGCUCAAAAUAUGAAGGUGAGUGGCGCAACAAUUUAAAAGAAGGAUAUGCAAUCUUUACAGAAGACAAUGGAAACCUUAUUUAAGGCCAAUAUAAAGCUGAUCGUUUAAUAAAGCAAGAAAACAAUUUAAAAACAGAUCUGAAAGAAUAACAAUCAUAGCAUGAAAAAGAUAAAUAAAACCUUGGAGGAAUAGAUUCUCCUUCAAAGGGAAAAACAGGAAAAGAUGACAAAACAAAAUAGCCUGCUGCAAUCAAAUAAAAGACACAAACAAAAAUAAACGAUCCAAAGGAAGUAAACUCAAGUUAGCAAAUGGUGAAAAAGAAAGAAAUAGAAAUGAAUCCAUACAUUUACUUAGUUGAUUUCUUCGAUAUGACUUAAGGCAUCGAAGAGGGAGUGUUGUCAAUUCAUUAAAAUAUCCAAACUAUGUUGUUGAGACAUAACAGUGAUUUGAGAAAUUGGUAUAAAAUUUACUCAAACCAUCAUGAAAAUACAAUUGGCGAAGAUGCUUUCUCUAUGGACAUGUUGGCCUUUUGGAAAAUGAUGAAAGAAGCUAAAGUCACAGAUUAAACUGUUACUCUUGCAUCAAUAAAUAGAUUAUUUUAUUAAGGAGUUAAAAAUAGAUACACAAUUAACUCUUAAGAAUAGUAAAUUCAAAAGUAAAUUGAAAUAGCUAAAAAGCUAGGCAGACCUCUAACUUAAGAAGAGUUAAGAGACAUAGUACUCUUAGACUUAAUUAUAAGCAAGACUUCUACUGAGGAUAAAUUAGAUUAUUCAAAAUUGGGAGAGUAAGAAGAAAAGAGUACUUAAGAUGAAAACCAACUUUAUUUGUACUUAGUAGACAUACAUGAUAGCAAGAGAGCUAUUUUAUAUAGACACUUUGUUGAAUUGAUUGUAAGAAUGAGCUACUUAAAAUACGGAGAUAUACAAAAUGUGCAUAGAUCAUUAGAGAAAUUUAUCCAGACCAAAAUAGCUCCUAUAUUUGAAAAUAAAAAGCUGCCAAGCAAGAGCUUCAAUAACUUAGAAGAUACUGAAACAGGAGCCCAAAAGAAAAAAGUUUUAUUAGAGACAUAUCAAGAUAUAUAUAAAAAUAUUUAUAAUAGUCUAGCUUAGGACAAUAAGAAUCCUAAAUAUGGUAUGAUUGAUAAGACAAUCAAGUUCAAGGACAUACUUAAGUACUUACAAGAUUGUGAGUUAGUUCAGAAUGAUUAGGAAAAGAAACUUUUAAUGUAAAUAUUUGAAAAAACUUUUGACCCAACAAGCACUGUUUAGUAUGUUGAUUAGAUGUAAAAAGAGAAAGAAAAGGAAGAUAAAGAAAGAGAAAGAAAGGAAUUAAAAGACAAGAAAAAGAAGGCAGUUAAAUAGUAAGAAUAAAACAAAUAAUAAUUAUUAGCUUAGUAGCUUGCCCAAUCUAAUAACGAAAAAUACGAAAAGCUUAAAGUUACUAGAUAGGCCUUAAUAUAUGAGACUGAAAUGCUUCUUUAUGAAGUUGAAGAACUUAUUUCAGUUUAUCUUCUAAAAAAAGAAAAAGACCUCUCAACUUCAAAAGAUGAUAAUGAUUUAAUAAAGAAAUCUAAGAAAUAUUUCGAUUAGCUCUCAUCUAAAUUAAUUGCAUCUAAAAAGACAUUAUUUGCCCCUUAACCUAAAAAAUAAAGAUUUUGGCCUUACAGCAUAAAAGAUAAAUUGUAAUAAAGUUAAAUAAAUAUUUUGGAUUGUAUUAAUUAAAUUAAUAUUAAUAAAAUAGAAAAGAGUAAUUAGCAUUAGAAAGAGUAAGAAAGGAGGAAGCAGAUAAAGCUAAAAAAUUAAGAGAAGAAGAAAAGAAAAGAGAGACAAGAGAACGUGCAAAAAUGGGCUUAGAAGAUUAUGAUAUAAAUUCUGAUCUAGAAUUCGCAAAUUAAGAAGACGAAGAUGAAUAUGAUGAUUACUGAAAAUUUUUGUUUGAUUUUAUUAUAAAUGUAAUAGUUAAAAUUAUUUGUUUGUUUAUAAAUGUGUAAAUAUUUUAGUGUAUUUAUUUAUUUAUAGUAUUCCUUCCUACACAAAUAUCUCAAUUCAAAAACAAAAUUCCACUUUUAUACCAAAAUAAACAUUUUUAUAUUUUAAAGAACUUUUUUUAAAAGAAUUUUAUAAGAAGGUUAAUUUAAAUUUUUAAUAACUUAAUAGUUCAAUUCAUAUUUUAGAAUUCUUAUUUAUUUACACUUAUUUAUGGGUUACCUACAAAAAAUCUCAACUCUAAAGAUAUUUGACUUUUAAUAUAUCAAUUAAAGAUGUUUUUAUUUUUAUAUUUAGAAGAAAUUUUUAAAAGAACUUUAUCAGAAGAUUAAAUUAAAUUUUUGA